UCUGCUCUCUCUCUCUGCUCUCUCUCUCUGCUCUCUCUCUCUCUUUGCGACCCUUUCCUGAGCCUAUUCUGCCGCUUACGGGAUCCCUUGUUAUCAAAUGCAAAUUAGCCCAGAAAUGGUCGACAGUGCACAUCCGACAAUAAAAAUAAGUGAUACCUUCCAAAGACAGAAUGACCAGUUGUUAAACACUUUCCCUUACUAAGAAACACACUGCAUGUGGUCACUGAGUGUUCUCAGGGAAAGGAAUGUAGCAAUGGCCUCCUGGCCCGGGCUUGAAUAAUGCAGUUCCCAUAUUUGUCGUGUUGUGAUUGGUGGCAACGAGUGGUGGGAUCAUUGUUGUAGAACUGCAGGAUGUCCUGAGGAAGACGCUCAGCGCUCCGGCCUCUACAGGGGCGUCUACAGCACGGCAGCAUUCAGGGGCAGGGCCAAGAGGCACCUCUAUAUACUUCUCUUACACCCCAUUGGUCUCCUGAGGUGCUGCCCAGGCCUGGAACGUGGGUUAACGUUGGCUGUGGAUUGCUCCCUCUCCUCUCCAACCCCCUUCCGAAGGUACCAGUAGACAAGAAUGUAUUUGUUAGAGGGACUGAACAGCAACAGCAACAGCGACAAAACAUCAACAGAGAUUUGAUUUUGGUUUUGUGUUGAUUGGUUGGUUUAGUCAGACCUCCUCCAUUAUCAGGAAACAGUGGAAGUGUUACGAAAAGGGUUUUGAAGAGAAGCUCUGCUGUACUGGGAGGGGUGAGGAAACUAUGUCAGAAACGCUUUGGUUCAGACUUCACGGCUGAGCAACCACGAUAGAACCAGGAGGUAUCAGAGUGUUGGCUCAGCAACCACGAUAGAACCAGGAGGUAUCAGAGUGUUGGCUCAGCAACCACGAUAGAACCAGGAGGUAUCAGAGUGUUGGCUCAGCAACCACGAUAGAACCAGGAGGUAUCAGAGUGUUAACUCAGCAACCACGAUAGAACCAGGAGGUAUCAGAGCCCUCAGGUUGAUUGACUGAGCAGGCGGGACAGGUGGCGAGAAAGAAACAGACGGGGGUGUUAACUUCACGGAAGUGAACCAGGAAAAGAAAAAGGUUAUAUUCGGCGAGAUACACACUUCCAUCGACAGUUUGGCAUUCACAUUUGGCAAUGUAGUGUCUGACUUCCUUAUGGGAGAUGUGGACAGCCAAUCAGGGUUGGGGAUCCCCCAGACCAGAAGAAGCAGGUCUUUUGAGAACCUCUCUGUGGAUUCUGGGGGGUAUGUUCCAGAGAAGAAAGGCCUUGUGGGCCCAGGGGUGGCGCUGUCUAAAGAGGAGGAGGUUGACGUGACCCUGCAGAAGAACGACAGCGGGGUGGAGUCAGCUCUGCUCUAUGCCAAGGCCUGGUCCAAGUACACCAAGGAUCUGCUGGCCUGGGUCGACAAACGCCUGGGACUGGACAUUGAAUGUGCCAAAAGUUAUGCCAAAAUGGCAGAAUCUGCAAAGACGCUCGCGAGUCAACAGGACUACAUGCCGUUCAGAGAUAUCUAUAUUUCUACGUUUAAGAAUGACAUUGAGUACAGCCAACUCCUCCUGCAGACUGCCACUGCCCUGCAGACCAACAAAUUCAUACAGCCGCUGUUGUCCAGAAAGACUGAGCUGGACAAACUGAGGAAAGACAUCAAGGAGCAGUGGCAGAGAGAACAGAAGAAAAUGCAAGAGUCCGAGGCGGCUCUGCGUAAGGCUCGGUGGACCCAGGUCCAGAGGAGAGACGAGUACCACAAGGCCCAGUCCUCAACCAGCCGCUCCCAGGAGGAACAGUCCAAACAGCUGGACAAGAAGAGGAAACUGGAGGAGGAGGCUCUUCAGAAGGCUGAGGAUGCCAGAGACCAGUACAGAUCCUGUGUAACUGAUGCAGGGGCCAGGAGGGCAGAGCUGGCCAGCACCAAGACAGACAUCCUCACUCAGAUCAGAGAACUGGUGACUCAGUGUGACCUCACACUCAAAGCUGUGACAGUCAACUGGCUCCAGCUGCAGCAGGCCCAGACCGUGUCUCUCCCCGGCCACUACCAGGCCCUGUGUGAAAACGCUAAGAUGUACGAGCCUGGACAGAGAUACGCCGAGUUUGUCCGUAAUCUUCCCAAAGAUCAGAUACACAUGGAGUCCUUCUCCGUUGAUGAACGGUUUCCUGUGUUCAACAAGCGUUCAACGGGCAGCACCAGUUCCCAUAGUAACCUGUCGCAGGUGUCCCUCAUCUCUGGUGAUGUCCUGAGUGGCGACGAGGUGGAUAGUCCUCUGGGGUCACGACCUGGGGAAAGGUCCAACAGCGCCACGGACAUACAAGGUCUGAGAGGGGGACAGGGCCCGUUGAGAGCCUGGGCAUCAGGUGUCCAGGACAGGGGGAUGUGUAGUGACUCAGAGAGUGCUGGAGGCAGCAGUGAGUCCCAAUCCAUGGACUCCCCCACAGCGAGCCCAGGUGACUUUAAACGCAGACUACCCAGAACCCCCUCCACUGGCACUAUGUCCUCGGCAGACGACCUCGAUGAGAGACAGCCACCUUCACCCUCAGACAAUGGUCUGGGUGAGAUGGUGACAGAGACAGCCAGUUCACCAGGUCCGUUUCGUAAUGCCCAGAUGUCCAAGGCAUCUCAGACACACAAGCUGAGGAAACUCAGAGCUCCGUCUAAAUGCAGGGAGUGUGACAGUCUGGUGGUGUUCCACGGAGCAGAAUGUGAAGAGUGCUCCCUGGCGUGUCAUAAGAAGUGUCUGGAGACUCUGGCCAUCCAGUGUGGUCAUAAGAAACUGCAGGGAAGACUACAGCUGUUUGGGAUAGACUUUACCCAGGCAGCGAAGAACAGCCCAGAAGGGAUCCCCUUCAUUAUCAGGAAGUGUACCUCUGAGAUAGAGAACAGAGCGCUCAACCUCAAGGGAAUCUACCGUGUGAAUGGGGCGAAGUCUCGUGUGGAGAAGCUGUGUCAGGCGUUUGAGAACGGCAAAGACUUGGUAGAGCUCUCUGACCUCUCACCCCACGACAUUGCCAACGUGCUCAAACUCUACUUGAGACAGUUACCAGAGCCGUUGAUCCUGUACCGCUACUAUAAUGACUUCAUCGGAUUGGCCAAGGAGAGCCAGAGGGUGAUCAUCGAAGAGAAGGCUGUAGCCAGGGCCCUCCAGGACCAGGGGCGGACAGGGGGUGAACAACCCCGACCAGGAGGCAACCAGCCUCGGGUAGAGGGAGAGCAGCCUCCCCUGACAACCAGCCAACCUGGAGGAGGAGAGCUGCCCAAACAGCCCAGUAUCAAACUCAACAGAGUCAUCUUUAAGAUUAGAGACCUGUUACGACAGCUUCCUCCUGCACACUACAGGACCCUCUGCUUCCUCAUGGCACACCUACAUAGGGUGACGGAGCAGGCAGAGGAGAACAAGAUGACAGCCAGUAAUCUGGGCAUUAUCUUUGGCCCUACGCUGGUCAAACCCCGACAGACUGACGCAGAGGUCUCCCUCUCUUCUCUGGUUGACUACCCCUACCAGGCUCUGAUGGUGGAGCUGCUGGUACGUCAUUUCCAGGUGAUCUUUGACUUGUCCAGCCCCUCUUCCCACCCCCCCACCACCACCUCCACGGUGGGCCAGACCUCCCCCCGACUCACCCCUCAGGAGAAGGAGCAGAGACUCAGCCCCUCCUCCUACCCCCCCACCACCACCUCCACGGUGGGCCAGUCCUCCCCCCGACUCACCCCUCAGGAGAAGGAGCAGAGACUCAGCCGCCACUCCACCUCCCUGCUCGACAUGAAGGAGCAGAGUGCCAAAGUCGACAAGAGGCACUCGUCAGUCAUCCAGUCCUCUCAAACCCUGGAUGAUGUGAGAGAGGUGAAGACAGACAGGAGAGAGUUAACAGCCGGCUCCUCCUCCUCCGCUGCUGGCUCCUCCUCCUCUGCUGCUGCUGUCUCUGCCUCGGUCCAGAGAUCUACCCUGGUGUUUGGCCGUCCCAGCCUCAACCUCUCCUCCUCUGCUACGGCCCCGAAGGUCAAGCUCCGGCCCCAGCGCGCUAGAAUCCUGUCUCGACCAAUCAGCAUGCCCCUGGAGCGCUUGCCCCUCCCCACCCCCUCACAGGUGCUCGACAGAAACAGCCGUAACAACAACGCUGCCAUCACGUUGGAUCCCACCGCUAACACCAUCGUGGAGUCAGCCGAGCCGGAGAAGCCUCGGAUUGGUGGGGGGUCAAGGGUCAGUACCUAUUACAUCGACACCCAGCAGGCCGUGCAGCGGAGGCCCUGGGACAGGAAGUACAAACACUACGACGUCACGCCACGCACCGCCAUGAUCAUGGCUAACUUACCGCCGGCCGGUACUGGCCCUGGCCCAAAACCGGGGAAACAGCCGACGAUGCCGACACAACUGUCCGUGUCUGGGCCAACCAGCUCUGCUCUCCCAUCCAGUAGUAGUUUCAGCACUAUAUUCCCCAACAACCCAUACACAGUGUCGUUGAAGGCUGGCCAGGCGUCCACAAGAGACAGAGAGGAGACUAAGGAUAGGCCUAACUCUGCUGCUGGAGGUGGUGGGGAGACCAGAACAUCUACCAACUCCCCCAUGAAGUUCAGACAACCAAGGAUUCUGCAGCCUCCACCCGGAACCUUCUAUAAGCCUUCUGGUUAUUCAGGCGCCAGAGGCUGGCCAUCAUUAAGUACCUCUGGGACCACUAGCCUCACCAAAAUGUCCCCAACUUCUCCUACUGUUAAAGCCUCUUCCCAGACUUCUCCUACUGUUAAAGCCUCUUCCCAGACUUCUCCUACUGUUAAAACCUCUUCCCAGACUUCUCCUACUGUUAAAACCUCUUCCCAGACUUCUCCUACUGUUAAAACCUCUUCCCAGACUUCUCCUACUGUUAAAACCUCUUCCCAGACUUCUCCUACUGUUAAAACCUCCUCCCAGACUUCUCCUACUGUUAAAGCCUCUUCCCAGACUUCUCCUACUGUUAAAACCUCCUCCCAGACUUCUCCUACUGUUAAAGCCUCUUCCCAGACUUCUCCUACUGUUAAAACCUUCUCACCAACCUCCCCUACUGUUAAAACCUUCUCACCAACCUCCCCUACUGUUAAAAUUUUCCCAACCUCCCCUACUGUUAAAACCUUCCCAACCUCCCCUACUGUCACUGCUCCUCUACCCCUCUCUUCCUCCCAAUCCUCCAGCAUGACUUUCUCCUCUUCUCCUAUGGUUACCACCACCACCCCAUCCCCUACUGCCACCUACAUCCUUCAAACCUCACACCUCCCCACACACACCCUACAGGACUCUGUGGACAGCUCUGUUAGUGUUGACCCCGAGGUCACGACCUCCGCUGACCUUUCCCCCCGCCAGUCCCCUCCCCCUAGCAGCCCAGAGGACCCCAGCUCGACCGAGGUCGUCCCGCUGCAACAAAGACUGAGACCCCGGCCCAGACCCGGCGCUCGCCUGCAGGAGUUAGAACACAGAGAGGCCCAUUUUGUCUGAACCGUAAAAGUAGACUUUAGUAGUCUGACAUCAUCACACACAGACAGGGCCACUUCCUGCUUACAAAAAAAAAAAAAAAAAAACAUUGGCCAAGACUGCUGGUAUGUCUUUAAGAAUAGGGAGGGCAUCACUUGGGAAGAACCAAUGGUGGAACUGUUGGGAGAUAUUUGGGAGAACGUUGCU